AUGACACAUUUCUCACGAUUCCAACGUCUUCUUCCUCAACCCAGAUUCCUCUUUACUCAAUCUCGCGUUCUCCAACAACCUCUAAUCAGAGCUCGAACAGUCGUUAGAUCGACGAUGGGCUCGUCUUCUUCUUUCUCCUCGAAGCUUCUCUUUCGCCAGCUGUUCGAGAAAGAGUCUUCGACUUAUACUUAUCUUCUCGCCGACGUUUCUCACCCGGAUAAACCGGCUCUGUUGAUUGAUCCUGUGGACAAGACGGUUGAUAGAGACUUGAAAUUGAUAAAUGAAUUAGGCUUAAAGCUUAUUUAUGCUAUGAACACUCAUGUUCAUGCUGAUCAUGUCACUGGAACUGGACUUCUUAAGACGAAGCUCCCAGGUGUGAAAUCAGUCAUUUCGAAAGCAAGUGGUUCCAAAGCUGAUAUGUUUGUUGGACCUGGUGAUAAAGUAUCUAUUGGUGACAUAUACCUUGAGGUUCGUGCUACACCUGGACAUACAGCAGGAUGUGUUACAUAUGUGACUGGAGAAGAAGCAGAUCAGCCCCAACCAAGAAUGGCCUUUACCGGAGAUGCUGUACUCAUCCGAGGUUGUGGGAGAACCGACUUUCAGGGUGGAAGCUCGGACCAAUUGUAUGAGUCUGUACACUCACAGAUAUUUACAUUGCCAAAGGACACAUUGAUCUAUCCAGCUCAUGACUACAAAGGUUAUGAGGUAAGUACAGUUGGAGAAGAGAUGCAACACAACCCACGUUUAACUAAAGAUAAAGAAACAUUCAAAACCAUCAUGUCAAAUCUGAAUCUGGCGUAUCCGAAGAUGAUUGAUGUUGCAGUACCAGCAAACAUGGUGUGUGGAUUACAAGAUUUGCCUUCUCAAGCCAACUAA